GUGCUCAGGACGAUGACGUUAGAGUAGGACAUGCACAAUACUCACACUUAAGACCAUUAAAAGUUGGACGCUGUAAGAAUUCAUUGAUAAAACUGUUGUUAGGAGACAUUAAAUGUUUAGAUAUACUCGACCGAGCUCGCUGCUUGGAUCAGUGACUUUAAGAGUUUAAAAGUGAACAUUUGCGCACGCACAGAAUUUACGAAAUAGGGGAUCACGCUAUGCCUUUAAUCAGCCUAUUCUGAUACAACUUAACGCGGUGGACGAUAACGCAGACAGUGUGUCUCUGAAGCAUUGAUAGUCCGUAGGCUCUCUAAAAACUCACUCUGUAUUGAGUUACGGACUAUGGAUAGAAGUGUGUUAAUGGGAACAAAUCAAGUGCUUGAAGAAGAUCAAAUCGUUCCGGACUGCAUUCUACCCCCAAAGAUAAAAGGAGUAGAAGGAUCAUCCUUUGAUUGGAAAAAACCAGUUGACGCUGAGCUUGACGCUUAUCUCGGUAAACAGCACGUGGAGGAAUUGGCUGUGCAAAAACCCCGUAGGGUGAGUGCCUCACAAGUAGACGAGUUUUUCGAAGAACACAGAGAUCAGUGGACAGCCACCCUGAAUAACGUCAUAGGUUGUACUUCCUUUGGUGCCCUCAGUUCCUCAUACGAAAAGGCUUUCAACAUGAACGAUGUCCAUGUUGCUCCUGUAAUCUUUAACCAGCCCCAUGACCCUCAUCAACAACAACACGGUACUGCUUUACGAGAAAACUGUAUAAUAAACACCAGCAGUUUAAUGUAUGACAAACAUAAUGAUGAUGUCUUUGUGAAGCCAGCACCUGUGCCUAGCCCAGAUAAUAAAUCUCGUUCUACUUCAUUAUGGGAAGAUAUUGCUCACUUCUACAAGUUUGACCCCGACAACCUGGACUUUCCCCAAAUCAAGACAGAAACCGAUUCCCUGCCUUCAUGCCCAUAUUCCAAUGAUACUUCAUUAGACCGUAAUUGUCACGACCCGCUUUUAACUACUAUAAAGCAGGAGAAGCCUUCUUCUUUAUCUGAGUUAAUGCCUCAAGUAACACCAACCGGAAAAUAUUCAACCACUUCAGGAACUGCUGCUCCAUUCCAGAACACGAACAUGCACCAAAGGUUGUCGCAAACAUCUUGCAACAAUAUACAACCUUACAAAUUCACUUCUAUGGGCCUUCAUUUCACCGUAUCCCAUGUGUACACACCACCCACACCACCUAACUCCGAACCAGGUAGUCCUUCAAUGGAGACACUGUCUUUGCAGAGCCGACGGACUCCACCUCCACCGUAUCCGGACUCCUGUCAGCCGCAUGCUUCUCCAUCUGGAUCUCUGCUUCAUGAAUGCCAUCAGUUGAAAAGCAACAGGAGAAACAAUCCAGAGCUUGAAAAAAGAAGAAUUCACCAUUGUGAUUACCCAGGUUGUACUAAAGUGUAUACAAAAAGCUCUCACCUUAAAGCCCAUCAACGAAUACAUACAGGAGAGAAACCUUACAAGUGUCAAUGGUCGGAGUGUCAAUGGCGUUUCGCACGUUCUGAUGAGCUCACUCGCCAUUAUAGAAAGCACACCGGUGCAAAACCUUUUAAGUGUAAAGUAUGUGAGCGAUCAUUUGCACGGUCGGAUCAUCUAGCUUUGCACAUGAAGCGCCACAUUCCUAAGGUGAAAUGAGAGAUAGUGAAAAGCAAAACAAUCAAAUUCAAAAACAAAGAAGGAUUAACCAGCUGCUAUCUUCGACAAUGAUUCGAUUAGAGGCCCUUGGAAUAACUUUACUAUUUUGGAGAGGUCUGUAAAGAUGAGCUCUGAACAAAAGUUGUAAUAUUUACUGAAGAACAGGAGUAUACUAAAAGAUGUUGGAAUUUUUGGGAAAUUCCGUUCUGAAUGUGACUCAAACAACCUGUGAUAAUAUAUUUGUUUCGUUAGUAAUUCGUUGCAUAAUCUUUAACAGGUUUGAAUUCGUAAUUUUAUAUUAAUGAAGUUAUUAUAAAACGUGCCAUCACUCGUUGCUGUAAUUACUAUGGUGCCAUUUAAAUUAGUUUUAGAAGUAUCAGCUGAGUGUAUAACUAAAAGAGAAAAAAAAAGUUGAUGUUCCAGACAAUUAUUCUGUGAUUAUUAUUAUUACUUGCGUGAAAACAGACUACUGUUUUAAUAUGAAGAAGAGCUGCAUUACAGACAUUUUCAGACGUAAAGCUUUAGUUGUUCUCUAGUUCGACUAACACUGAUAGUUUAGAUUCCUUAUACGGAUUAUGCUUUUUUUAUGUAAGUUUCGGAGUCAUCACAUUUUUGUAAAAACCUGUACAUAUCUUAAUAAUUUUUCAAUUCCAUUUCCAUAUAUUUGAUUACUUCUGUCUAUUAGGAUGAUUAAUUAUUAGAUAUGAUAUGCUGCAAAACUGGGAUAUAUAUAUUUUAUUUCUAUAUGAGUUCUAAUAAUAUGAGGUGAACAAUAAAACUUUUUAUACGUGAUUGUAAUAUAG